UGAAGACAUGGUCUGUCUUCCUCUCAGCUCAGCACACUUCAGUGAAAGCAGAGUAUUGCUGCUCUGGGGUCUGCUUUCAGCUUUAAAUUUUGGCUCUUCAUCCACAGCUACCUAGAUGAUGGCUUUGCUGUUCUCCUUGAUCCUUGCCAUUUGCACAGGACCUGGCUUUUCAGAGUCUUCAUCCAGGCUCCGACUGGUGGGAGGCCGCCACCAUUGUGAAGGUCGGGUGGAGGUGGAACAGGAAGGUCUGUGGGGCACCAUUUGUGAUGAUGGCUGGGACAUAAAAGACGUUGCUGUGGUAUGCCGGGAGCUGGGCUGUGGAGCAGCCAAGGGGGUGCCCUAUGGUAAUUUAUAUAAGCCACCAGCAGCAGAAGAACAAAAAGUCCUCUUCCAAGAUGUCAAUUGCAUAGGGAUGGAAGAUGCACUGUCUCAAUGUGAUAAAAGUGAAGAUGUUUUUAACUGCCUUCAUCAGGAGGAUGCGGGUGCAUCCUGUGAGAUCCUAGAGAGCUUGCGGUUGAUUGAUGGCCCGGGGCGCUGCAAGGGGCGUGUGGAAGUGAAGCACCAAGAUCAGUGGGGUACUGUGUGCAUGUCGGAAAGAGGCCUCCCAGCUGCAAAGGUGAUGUGCCGACAGCUAGGGUGUGGGAGGGCCACACUGACCCAGAGAUGCUGCAAAAAGAAUACCCAGGGCCAAGGGCCCAUCUGGCUGAGCCAGUUGUCAUGCUCAGGACAAGAAAAAAGCCUUGUGGACUGCCCUUCUGGACUCUGGGGGGAGAACAACUGUACCCACGAUGAAGACAUGUGGGUUGAGUGUGAAGAUCCUUUCGAUCUGCGGCUGGUAGGAGGAGACAAUCGCUGCUCUGGACGACUGGAGGUGUUGCACAACGGGGUGUGGGGCUCUGUCUGUGAUGACGACUGGGGAGAAAAGCAGGACCAGGUGGUAUGCAAGCAACUGGGCUGUGGGGAGUCCCUCUCUCCAUCUGCCAAAGUCCGGAAAAGCUUUGGUCCUGGGGUUGGCCGCAUCUGGCUGGAUGAUGUUCGUUGCUCAGGGAAGGAGGAGUCCCUAGAGCAGUGCCGGCACAGGUUCUGGGGAUAUCACAACUGCAACCACAAGGAAGAUGUGGGUGUGGUCUGCUCAGAAUAGUAACCUGAUCUUACUGAUGCUUGAAUGCCCGCGCUGGACCUGAGUACUUUCUACUUUUUCAUGGACCCUGAUUGGCCCAGCAUGAGCACGGGGCCUGCAGGCUUUAUCCACCUCCUCAGCAGGAGUCUGAACACUGCUUAUGCUUCCCUUUCAGAGCCAAGCACCCCAUCAUUGAUUGGAGAGAUGAAUUGUUGAGUUCCUUCCUGAUGGGAAAGAUGGACUCUCAGUCAUUUCUUUAUCACUGCUGAUUUUUUAUCACUGACUGUCCUCUCCUCUCUCAUCUCAACAUGCUUGAGAUCCCCAGACCUGUUACUCUCUGCAAUGCAAGCCAUUAAUAGGCAAGUUGUAUGUCUGUAAAGAACAUAAAAGGAAUGAGACCACUAAAAGAACACUUGAAAGAAAAUUUGGUAGACAGUUACAUGAAACUUGGGGGGAACAAUCUCAGAGUUUUUGAACUCUUUUUCUCAAAUUUUAAGUGAUUACAACAAUUAGUAACACCUCAUUUCUCUCCUAUUCUUUGGUGAAAGUAGACGAUUUUCUCAGGAAGAGAGUAAUAUUCUGUAAUCCUAGACAUUUUCAUGACACAUGGGAGUAGGUGGUGCAUCUCCUAAUUGCUCCCAACAAAAUACCUUUGUUGACUAUCUGUAUACAACUUGCCAUCCUGGUUGGCAUUUAACAAGAGUCUCACAGAUGCCCUUUACUUUAUCCAAUGGAAAGUACUUGGGACUGCCUUUGGGAGAAGGGAAAUAAGAUUAAGUCGAGAACAUUUGGGGAGAUCCAGAGUUGUGUCUUACACCAAUCAGAUGAUCAUUUUCAUUUUAUGAACCUUGAGGUCAGCAAGUCUGAGUGAGCAUUGACAGAAUAAUACUAACAACAUCAAGACAAUUCUAAAAAUGGACUUCAGAUGCUGAGGCUAGGUUGAGUACCUGUAUUAUACCUACAAUAGUGCUAUUUAAUAAAGUAGAGCUCUCAGUCUCAGCACUUGCCAGUCCAUGUGACAUUUUUUUCUGUCCAUGGGGAAUCAGGUGUGUCAGCUUCACAGGGAUGGCUCUUUAGAUAAGAUUAGGUAGAAGUGAACCUAUCAGCAGAUAGUAACAUAUGUGUAAUGUAGCUCUCUCCUCUGGAUGUGGGACUCUCUCCCUGUUUUUCUCUUGCUCCAGCCUGUGAACGCACUCCUGCACUUGAAUGAUGUAGGUCCAAUAACCAACUCUGAUGUCAAGCCCUUCUAAUCCUAUAUCAAUUUUGCUUUUCGUCUAACAGUGUGUUUAUAUCUCUUUUCCCAAGACAUAUCAAUCUCUGGCCUCUGACUCUGAGUAA